GUUUGGGAAAGUCAGAAACACCAAACUAAAUCCAACGACCUCGAAAACGGAACUUCCUCCAAACCAAAGCCCCCGAUCACCUUGAUGUCGUCUCCAUGUCCUUCGCAUCCAUAAUAUCCUGUACUGGGCGGAAUCUCUACUACGAUCGAGGGGAGCUUUAGCUCCCAUUGCCCUGUGCGCUCUCAUCAGCGUGAUGCCCCUCCCUAAACUCAGUCCGUUGCAAUCACGGCUCGCAGCGUCUCUUGCGGCAUCACUCACUCUCUUGCUACUAUACUUUGCCUUCUCCUCCUCCCACUUCGCAUAUGCCGCCGAGGUUGGCUCGAUUGACCCGGAAGACCACAAUCACGAACGGUUACUAGAACGACCAUUGCUAGAUUUUGACUUGAAGGAAUUGGAUGUGGAAGAAUCAGGGUAUCAGCCAGACUUUAUCGGUGUUGAUAGAGGGAUCAUUGGAAGAGCCUCGACUACGGACGAAUCAAUCACUUUGAUCAACAACCAGCGCCAGAGGAACAACAUUCCAUUGGGGACAACUGUCACAUAUGUAUUCUCCAAUGCCUCGGUAUGGGGAAACUUAUCCGCUCCAGCAUCGCCGGUGCUCGUAGGUCGGAAUCUAGCGGAAGAUGAAGCCGAGAUGCAACAUGGAAACGAGAACCCAGAUGAGGACCAGAAAGCUGUUGCGCCCCAAGAAUUGAAGUCUCGAGACAUCCUCUAUCGAACCGUCUACAUUACUGUUACAACCUGUACACAACCCGCGCCAGUCGAUCCCCAGGCGGUUUCGCUCCCGCCUCCCCAGCUCCAAGUGUUUGUGUCUCCGUCUUCGGCAAAUCGGAAACCUGGGCCUGGGAAUACUCCCCAGAUGAUGAUUGAUUUAGUUGGUGGUUAUGGUUUUAUGGAAGUGAACGCUAGUGCAGAUGUGUUUAUAGGUGUCUAUGGAAAAAAUGACACCGCAUAUAAGGAUGUGUGGAACGCAGAAAUUGCCGUCUCAAUUGAUGCUCCCUUCCACACAAUCAAUAACGAUACGAAUUUAAUUCUGGUUGAUACAGACAGCACUUCUGCAUAUCUUGUUGCCAACAAUCCGGUUGAGUUUGACGGAGAUGUUUCCGACUCAGAAAGCUUGGCCAAGGUAGCCGUGCCUUAUGUUAUAUUUGCAAGCAAAAGCAAUGCUUCUUCGAUAAUGGGCAUGGAGAAUUCUUACUGUGGACUUACUAACAAGGCAGAUAUUGUUCCCUUUGGAGCACGCCCAGGGACUGCGGCCGAUAGCGUCAAGUCUUGGUUGAGGAAACGAAAAGACGAACCCGUGCCUGAGCAGAGAAUUUCUCUUACCACGUUAACCAAAGGGACGCAAUAUGAUGCAAUUCUAGCUGUUGCCGCAUCCCCAAACGCUACAGUGGGCGGCGGGGGUAAAGUAUUUCGGAGAGCGGAACUGCAAACAUUGAAUGGUAUGUUCUAUUACUUUCCGUCACCAACACACGCUAACAGUAAACCUCAGAUAGCAAUUGCGCUGUGGUGACCAACUUGACGUUGUGUGACGCUGUCAACUAUGCUGUCCCAAGUAAUCCAAAAUUCAACAUUACACAGCUUGGGGCGUUUUAUGAGAAUUAUACGACAACUUAUUUCAAAUUCUUCCAAAGAGCUCUUGCCCAGGUCCCUUGCAACACGACUUCUUCGGCGCAAUACUCAUUGGUAGCCAACUGUACCAGUUGUACCCAAGCAUACAAAGAGUGGUUUUGUGCCGUCAGUAUUCCAAGAUGUACCGACUUUGGCGCAACAGGCCUACAUCUUCAACCACGCAAUAUUUUGCAGCCUUUUCCUAACGGCACAUCACUUCAAAGCCUUGACCAAGCAGUCUUCAAUUCCGGAAUCCAGUCAUUUGGUAUGAACAGUUCCCGAAAUCUCGAUAUCGAUCGUGUUCUUGAGCCUGGGCCUUACAAGGAAAUUCUUCCUUGCGACGACUUGUGCUACAAUGUUGUUCGGAACUGUCCUUCCAAAUUAUCUUUCAACUGCCCACGGCCCGGAUACAAAGGAUUCUCGACGAGCUACCGGGAAAGAUUUCUAAGCAACGCAAAAGGGGUGGAUCAAGCUACCACUUCUCCCGUCACUUGUAAUUACCCAGGGACGAUUCCUAGAAGUAACGGGCAUCGCUGGACCUUAUCAUAUCGAACGUUAACUGUUUCUUUCUUAGUGGGGAUUGGAAUGAUGUGUAUAUGAAGGAUCGAGAGUUUGAAAAAGCGAAAGAGGGAGGCAUUCAGAUGCAUUGUGCGGCGUUAAUUCCCUCCUUAGGGAGACAUUUGUGUUUCUGACUUUGACGGUUGACUGGAAACGACUCCUGGGAUAGAAAAGAUGGUCGGGUACCGAGACGGACCGGACCGGGGUUUCUUUGUAAUUUUGUAUUACUGCUCUGCCACAUAUGGGCUUGGAAUCUUUUCUGGUGUACAGUAGGUGGGGGGCUCGGUGCGACUCUUUUCUUUAAUGGGGGGUUACAGAAAUAUAAGAAGAAAAACAAUUGAAAAAACCA